CGCAGCGCGCUGACUGAACUAUAAACUGCUUUGCCGUUUUGGCUGACAUCACACUAAUUGCAGAUUCCUCAGAGGAGCGAGUCAGCGACGGACGGCAGAGUGUUACCGGGAAGCGCAGCAUCUGGACUCAGGAGAAAUGACUCUUCCAGCUACCAGCUUUCCUGACCUCAACGCCACGGCGCUGUACGGCGACCAUGACAGCGCCAACGUUACGGGCUGUCCCGACUCGGAGGCCUGGGACUGGCUGGCCAGCGGAGCGCCGGUCUACAUCCUGACCAUCAGCAUUGUGGGAAUCUUCUUCAACCUCUUCGUCCUGAUGGUCUUCAUCCUCCACAAGAAGCCCUGCACCGUGGCCGAGAUCUACCUGAGCAACCUGGCUGCCGCUGACCUGGUUCUGGUGUCCUGUCUGCCCUUCUGGGCCGUCAACAUUUACAAUCAGUUCGACUGGCCUUUCGGACAAUUCAUGUGCAAAGUCGUCAAUGUGGGCAUCAAGAUAAACGUCUACUGCAGCAUCUAUUUCCUGGUUCUGGUUGGCAUAGACCGGUAUGUGGCGCUGGUGCACGCUUUGUCGCAUGGAAGAAUGCGCAGGCCAAAGUAUGCUAAGCUAGGCUGCCUGCUAACAUGGGGCUUCGGCUUGUUGCUCAGCAUUCCCACGUUCAUCUUCAGGGAGGUGAGACAUUUUCCUGAGUAUGGAGUUUACGCCUGCUACCUGGAAUACCCGAACCUGACCGUAGAGAUUCUCUACGACUGGAUGCUGCUGGUUCUCAGCUUCGUCAUUCCGAUUUCCAUCAUCUUGUUCUGCACUUUGAGGAUCAUCCGGGCGCUGAAGAAGCAGUCGAUAGAAAGGUUCAACGCUGAGAAGACAGAGCAGAAGGCCACCAUCUUGGUUCUGGUGGUGCUGCUGGCCUUCCUCCUCUGCUGGGUGCCGUUCCACCUCGUCACCAUCCUGAACAUCCUGGAGCGGGUCAAAGUCCUGGGAGGGUGCCAGCUGUCGUCCGCGCUGGACAUCUGCAACCAGAUCUUCACCUACUUGGGCUUCUUCAACAGCGUCCUGAACCCAGUGCUGUACGUCAUCGUCGGGAAGAACUUCAGGAAGAAAGUUCGGGAACUUGUGAACCAGUGGACCAUCAAGAGAACGAUGACGUCUGAGUCCACUCGCUCUAAUUUAUCCUCCACACUCAAGACGUUAGUUUGAAACAUCCAGCAAACGACGAACCGCUCAGCAGAGAUGUAAAUAUGUGUUCAUAUGAUAAUAAACUGUAUAUGGUUUCAAUGUUACUUGCAGGAAAUUGUUGCAUUUCAAAGCAAAAUCUUUUGUUUUACUAUUAUAAACUAUAAAGUAUAAGCUUUUACUGUUGAGUAAUUUUUAAUUGAAAAUGUGUUCAUGUGCUAAAAAUAUGGAAGUAACUUAGAUGAAGUGAACUGUUUCUGUGAAAUAAUGUCUGUAAAAAAACUUUCCAUUCUCAGUUUUAGAGAUUAGUAAGUGAAAACUUAUAAAGUUGCUUUUCUCAUUGACAAAGCCUUAAAUGAAAUAUGCAUUACAACCAAAAGCAAACAGAAAAUCCAUAGAGGCUUUAAAUGGCUGAUGUAAGUACGGGAACUGGCCGAGUGUUUUUCUGCUGCCUCUGACUCACCCUCUGCAAUUACAGCAGAUUUUCCAACUUUGACACACAAGUUUGUGGUCGGUGCACAUCGACCGUCUCGUUUUACAUUUCUAUCCACACAGCGUCUGACGGCGCAGCGUCAACUCACUGUGGGCUGUGGGCGAGGGCCCGAAUAAAGGAGACUGGCAAACAGGAAGACCGGCCUGACCACAUGCACUAGGGAAGAAAAUAGUUGUGAAAAUAAAAAGUGAUGCAAGGAAAGAA